AUGAUUACAGCUAAUAACGCAGAAAUCGGAUCCCUCAACCUCCCCAACCCAAAAAUAUUACUGGCGUGUCUUACACCCCUUUCUAUUUUUCGCUUGUCUUACACCCCUUUCAACUUUUUCGCUUGUCUUACGCCCCUUUCAACUUUUUCGCUUGUCUUACACUCCUUUCUAUUUUUGCUUGUCUUACGCCCCUUUCUAUAUUUUUGCUUGUCUUACACUCCUUUCUAUUUUUGCUUGUCUUACACUCCUUUCAAUAUUUUUGCUUGUCUUACACUCCUUUCUAUUUUUGCUUGUCUUACGCCCCUUUCUAUAUUUUUGCUUGUCUUACGCCCCUUUCUAUAUUUUUGCUUGUCUUACACUCCUUUCUAUUUUUGCUUGUCUUACGCCCCUUUCUAUAUUUUUGCUUGUCUUACACCCCUUUCUAUUUUUCGCUUGUCUUACACCCCUUUCUAUAUUUUUGCUUGUCUUACACUCCUUUCUAUUUUUGCUUGUCUUACGCCCCUUUCUAUAUUUUUGCUUGUCUUACACUCCUUUCUAUUUUUGCUUGUCUUACGCCCCUUUCUAUAUUUUUUGCUUGUCUUACCUCCUUUCUAUUUUUUGCUUGUCUUACGCCCCUUUCUAUAUUUUUGCUUGUCUUACACCUUUCUAUUUUUGCUUGUCUUACGCCCAUUUCUAUAUUUUUGCUUGUCUUACACUCCUUUCUAUUUUUUGCUUGUCUUACACCCCUUUCUAUAUUUUUGCUUGUCUUACACUCCUUUCUAUUUUUUGCUUGUCUUACACCUUUCUAUAUUUUUGCUUGUCUUACCUCCUUUCUAUUUUUUGCUUGUCUUACGCCCCUUUUUAUAUUUUUGCUUGUCUUACACUCCUUUCUAUUUUUUUUUGUCUUGUCUUUUCUAUACCCCUUUCUUGUCUUAUACCUUUCUAUUUUUGCUUGUCUUACGCCCUUUCUAUAUUUUUGCUUGUCUUACGCCCCUUUCUAUAUUUUUGCUUGUCUUACCUCCUUUCUAUUUUUGCUUGUCUUACGCCCCCUUUCUAUAUUUUUGCUUGUCUUACGCCCUUUCUAUAUUUUUGCUUGUCUUACACCUUUCUAUUUUUGCUUGUCUUACACCCCUUUCAACUUUUUUUGUCUUGUCUUACACUCCUUUCUAUUUUUUGCUUGUCUUACACUCCUUUCAACUUUUUCGCUUGUCUUACACCCCUUUCUAUUUUUCGCUUGUCUUACACCCCUUUCUAUAUUUUAGCUUGUCUUACACUCCUUUCUAUUUUUCGCUUGUCUUACACCCCUUUCUAUAUUUUAGCUUGUCUUACACUCCUUUCUAUUUUUCGCUUGUCUUACACCCCUUUCUAUAUUUUUGCUUGUCUUACGCCCCUUUCUAUAUUUUUGCUUGUCUUACACUCCUUUCUAUUUUUGCUUGUCUUACGCCCCUUUCUAUAUUUUUGCUUGUCUUACACUCCUUUCUAUUUUUGCUUGUCUUACGCCCCUUUCUAUAUUUUUGCUUGUCUUACACCCCUUUCUAUUUUUGCUUGUCUUACGCCCCUUUCUAUAUUUUUGCUUGUCUUACACUCCUUUCUAUUUUUGCGUGUCUUACGCCCUUUCUAUAUUUUUGCUUGUCUUACCUCCUUUCUAUUUUUGCUUGUCUUACCUCCUUUCAAUAUUUUUGCUUGUCUUACACUCCUUUCUAUUUUUGCUUGUCUUACGCCCCUUUCUAUAUUUUUGCUUGUCUUACACUCCUUUCUAUUUUUGCUUUUCUAUGUCCUCACCCAUUCCUGAUCCGAUCUCGGCAGAUUAAAUCCACCCCGACCACUCCUAGUACAACCUGCCUGCCCUCCACACAACAAAGAUGUCUGCCUAAGAAGACAUAA